AUGGCCGCCACGAGGCCGUUGUGCAAUUAUUUUCGAUUUAAGCAUGUAAAUUUUAGUUUUUUGAAUUUAAGCAACCAAGUACAUAUUCGUUUUAUUCAUAAGUGCUGUGAUCCUAGAUUAACGAGCAGUUUCCUGUUUCGUAAACCAAGAAAAUAUAACAAUUGUCUUGUCGCUUUUUUAGCCCAUUCUACAGAUGGUGGUAAUUCCAAAAGUUUUCAUACCAGCCGACCCUUAUCAAAGAGAGAUUAUUAUGAAAUAUUAGGAAUAAGUAGGAAUAGCGCUGCCAAAGACAUAAAAAAAGCUUAUUACCAGUUGGCUAAGAAGUAUCAUCCAGACACUAAUAAGAAUGAUCCAAAUGCUGCCAAAAAGUUUCAAGAAGUUUCUGAGGCUUAUGAGGUUUUAAGUGAUGAAAACAAAAGGAAACAGUAUGAUCAGUGGGGCACAACUUCUGAACAAAUGGGAAUGGGUGGUGGUGGAGGGCCUCGUGGAGAUAUGGGUGGAUUUAAUUGGCAGUACCGAGCAACUAUUGAUCCCCAGGAACUCUUCAGAAAAAUAUUUGGAGAAACACCUUUUGGAGGAGGGCUUGGAUUUGAUGAUUUUGCUGAGUCAAAAUUUGGUUUUGGAUCAGCAGAAGAGGUUAUAUUAAAACUUACUUUUUCUCAAGCUGCUAGAGGUGUUAAUAAAGAUAUAUUGGUGAACGUUGUAGAAGUUUGUUCAAAAUGUCAUGGCAGUCGUUCAGAACCUGGUACAAGACCAGUUCGUUGUACCUACUGUAAUGGAACUGGUUUCGAAACAAUAUCAACUGGCCCUUUUAUGAUGAGGUCAACUUGUAGAUAUUGCCAUGGGACAAAAAUGAUGAUCAAGUUUCCUUGUACCGAAUGUGAAGGAAAAGGUAGCACAGUGCAAAGGAAGAAAAUAACCAUCCCUGUACCAGCUGGAGUUGAAGAUGGGCAAACUAUAAGAAUGUCAGUUGGACAAAAAGAAUUGUUCGUCACUUUCCAAGUUGAAAAGUCUGAUUAUUUUAGAAGAGAUGAAGCUGAUGUUCAUACAGAUGCAGAAGUUUCAUUAUCGCAAGCGUUGCUUGGAGGUACAAUAAAAAUACAAGGUGUUUAUGAAGAUCAUUUCAUUCAGAUUUCACCUGGGACUGGUUCCCAUACCCGAAUUCGUCUUGGUGGUAAAGGUUUAAAACGUCCAUCUGGAGGAAGUGGGGAUCAUUAUGUUCACAUAAAAAUUAAUGUCCCAAAACAUCUUUCAGAAAAACAAAAGUCACUUGUAGAAUCGUAUGCUAGGCUGGAAGAAGGUACUCCUGGUACAAUUAGGGGAAUUUCUGACAAAGUCAAUGGAAAAGCUUCAGACUCACAAGAACAGCCAAUGGCGGGAUCAGAAGUUAAGACAAAACCAAAACCUGGAAUUUUAGCAAAAUUAAAAAAUGCCAUAUUUGGUUAA